AUGAUAAUUGUCGGUAUCAGUCAAGCUGAUGAUCGAUUCCAUCCACAAUAUCAUCUAAUGCCUGCUAACGAUUGGCUUAACGAUCCAAAUGGUCCCGUUUUUUACAAGGGUUAUUAUCAUAUGUUCUUUCAAUAUACUCCAAAUUCUUCGACAUCGGGAUUAAAGUAUUGGGGUCACGGUUACAGUGAAGAUAUGGUUCAUUGGACACGUUUGCCUAUAGCCAUUUCACCUGAUCAACCGUAUGAUAUAAAUGGCAUCUGGACUGGCAGUACAACAAUUGUUGAUGAUGUUCCAGUCAUUAUCUAUACUGGAAUUAAUGAAAAUAAUCAAGAAGUACAAUGCCAAGCACGUCCAGCUGAUGCUACAGAUCCGACUAUGACCGAAUGGAUCAAGUUUCCAAUGAACCCUCUAAUCACCAAUCCGAACGGACGUGAUCCAGCGACAGCAUUUCAAGAUGAUCAGAAUAACUAUUAUUUGAUUUAUGGAUUUGGAACAGAUGAACUGGGUGGUCAAGCAGUUUUAUUCACUUCCAGAGAUUUUACGAAUUGGACUUAUCUACAUCCGAUUCACAGCAAUCAUUAUGAUAACUUUUGGGAAUGUCCAGAUAUUUUCAACGUUUCCAACCGCGUCGUAAUGAAAGCAUCAUUACGCGGACAAGAUUUUUGGGCUGUCGGAGAGCUAGAUCCAGUCAAAAAAGUAUUUGUGCCACUUGCCGGUGAUCUGGGUGAAUAUACACAAUUGGUCGAUCAAGGCAAAUUCUAUGCAUCCAAAUCAUUCUAUGAUCCCAUUCACGAUCAACAAGUGAUCGUCGGUUGGAUAUCUGAAGAUGACAAUCAAGGUGAACAACGAGGUUGGCAAGGGUUGCUUUCACUACCACGGUCUAUUUUUCUCUCCGACGAUGGAUUGCAACUUCGUUCACAUCCAAUAGAAACUUUGCAAAUUCUACGAGAUGAAAAGAGUCACCGAUCUUUCCACAAUAUAGUUUUACCAUCGGUCGUCCCAUUCGAACUAGUUCCUGAUAUAAAAGGAAAUCAGAUCGAACUGAUAAUUAACUGGCAAUUUCCAGGGAAUCAAAAUUUGGAUUUUGGAUUGAGUGUUCUUUCGACAGCAGACGGUCGCCAACGAACGAGUAUUGGUGUGAUAACGAGAGUCAACACCAGCUUCAUGCCCAAUUGGGAUGUGCCGGGAUGGGAUUAUUUUAGUGUGCCCGCCAUUAAUAAUUCGACUGCUUGUCAACGCAGUUGUGAUCAAGAUAUCAAAUGUCACUCAUGGACCUUUGACAGCAGCAAAAAAAUAAACGAUAAUUGUUUUAUGAAAUCGGGCAUACCGCUUUUAGUGACAAACUCGGCGUGCACUUCAGGUGUAAAACAGCGAGAAACGAAUCAACAACUUGUCUGGAUCUACAUCAAUCGAUCAUUAUCACAACAAAAUCCGGCGGCAGGACGUUCACCACAUUAUGGCACAAUCUGGAUGAAGUCGGAAUCGUUGAAUAGCCAAUGGUUUCUUGGACUGCAUAUUUAUGUCGAUCAUUCGGUGAUCGAAGUUUUUGAACCAAAAGGUGGUCGUGUGGCAAUUACCGCUCGUGUUUAUCCGGAAGAAGACAGUGCAGAAAAUUUGGCAGUUUAUGUCAAUGAUGCAUCAGCAACUGAUCAGGAUAUUAUUAUUGAUACGCUCGACGUUUGGAUUCUGAACAAGAUUUGGACAUAA